AUGGGAAAAGCGUUUUUAUGGCCUAUGGCCCAGUGAAAGGCUUAAAUAAAUUUGUGUAACAUAUUUUAUUAUUCCUGCCGGAACAACACAAGGGACAACUAAACGCAAACGCAAUGGCUACGUUUAAGUUCGACAUUAAGCCUCUGUUCCCAGAGGCGAUUAUAAAGGUGUCGGCGGACCUACUGCCGCAGGACUUUGCCGGCUCGCGUGUGCACUCCGCGGACACCACAUGUAAGAUAGCGGCCAUAGUCGACUAUAUGGGGCAGCAGUCGGCCACAGCCCAGGAGCUGGUCAGCCCGGUGACCACGGCCCAGCGUCUGGGGAAGAGCGACAAUCAAACCAUAUAUCUGUUGGGGGAUGCAACUGAUGGACCCAGGGGCAGUGUGCUGGGGCUGCUCAAGGUGGGCACCAAGGAUCUGUACUUGUACGACGAGACUGGCCAGCCGCACCAGGUGAAGCGGGCUCCAGCCAUACUGGACUUUUACGUGCACGAGUCCCGCCAGCGCUGUGGCCUGGGCAAGCGACUCUUCGAGGCGAUGCUAGCGCAGGAGAAGUGGUCCCCGGCGAAGCUAUCGGUUGACCGUCCAUCCCCGAAGCUGAUACUCUUCAUGGCCCGCCACUACGGCCUGGUGCGCACCAUACCGCAGGCCAAUCACUUUGUCGUCUACGAGGGAUACUUUAACGACAUGAUCCCCUCGACGCCGUCCUUGCAGGGCGCCCAGAGCGUCCCAGCCGUGUUGGCCGCCGCCACCGCCGGUUCGAAUGUGCAACGAGCCAGUGGCGAGGGGGCUACGGGAAACUACAGGAAACGCCGCUCCCUGGACGAGCAACUGCAACAGGGCUGCUCAGCGAGGAACUCGCUGCCACUGCCAUCCCGCUCCAAUGGCAGCUGCAGCAUGGCCGAGAUUAUACAGCUUUCCCGUGCCAGAAGCAACAAUAACAGCCCCGCUGGCGAGGGACAGUCCAGCACAGGGAAUACGAGUAUACGCAACAAGUAACCAACACACAACAGUCUCGCACGAAUAUGUACGGCGGAUCUGUACCAGCAAACAAACAGCAACAGACCAGAGCGUUAGUUAUGAUUAGUUAUCGAUGGCAUUAAAUGUGUAUAUAUUUUGGCAACUAUUCCUGUUCCUUGUUCGUCGUUACUUGAUCUGAUCUGAUCUGCGCUCCCAAAUAUGCAAUGCAAUGCAAUCAUCAGCUUAGCACCCAGAGGUAGGCCACAGAUGAUGCCGUUGCCGUUGCCGUUGCCAUUGGGGUGUCGUUCGAGGUUGCUUACCGAACUUUGGCAGCUGUACAGCCAGUCAAACCGGCAGAGAGAGACCAUUAUUAUAUUUGCGAAUAAUUGUGUUUGUCUUUGUCUUUGCUGCGAUAACUGGCAACUGUGUGCGCACAUUAUUGUGGAGUUCCAAAAGGUGGAACUCAAAUGGAACAAAAGGCCCGCAAAGACAAACACAAUCGCAGAAUCACGCUGCGGCUGGUGGGGUAUAUAAAGCCCGUCUUUGACUGGAAUUUGGCAAAGAGUUCCUUGGCAGAGAAUACAUUAACCAUGAGAUACACUUGCGUUUUACUGCUGGCAGUCCUGGCCUGCGUCCAGGUCCGGCAGACCACGGCCUCUGGUACAGCCACGACCGCGGCAACUGCCACCACAACCUCCGCAUCGGCCACAACCGUUGCAGCCACGACAACCGCUGCAGCCACCACAACCGCUGCAGCCACCACAACCACUGCAGCCACAACAACCACUGCAGCCACAACAACCACUGCAACCACAACAUCCGCUUCAGCAACCACCGCGGCCUCCAGCAGCGCUAAAGGAGGAGUAAGGAGGAGAAAGAGAUUUACACGUCACCAAAAGGGCGGCAAGACGAACAAGAAGAGCAAGAAGAACAAGAAGGACACGAAGAAGAAGAAGGAGAAGCGUUACCAUUACCGUCACCGCACCUCGACCGCUAGCAGCACCUCAGCGAGGCGCCGAUCCCUCUCCAGACGCUUGAGGAACUAGACACCCGAGUCCCGAGUCUCCACCCCGACGCCGACCCCGAAUUGAACUACACCGAACCAACACCAGACUUUUACGCUGAACGAUGCCAAUUUCGUUUUUGGUUUAUCAGCUAUCCAACGACCAUUUUUUUUUUAUAUUUGGUUAAGAAUAUUAAACGAAAUAAAAGCUUUUAAAAAAUGC